AUGCAGAAGUUGAAGCUCAAGUUGAUGCUGAACUGCUCAAGCAUAGCUACAACUACAAGCGCAAGGAUGUCUUUGUUGCGGAUGGUGAGGCCGUUCAUGGCUGUGGUGCCGGGCGUGCGUCGUGUCUCCAGUGUACCAGUCGCCGGCGUGCGAGUGUCAAUGCCUAUGCCAUUUGGGAAGAUGCCACUGCCGUUACGAGCAUCUAUACAAACAACAGUACAAGCAACAGUGCAAGCAACAGUGCAAACCAUGCAACCAACCGUGCAACCACUACCUGUGACGCCGCAGGCGCUGGACAAAGAGGUGUAUGUCGACUCUGUGAUGCGGAAGCGGAGGAAGAAGAUGAAGAAGCACAAGCUGAGGAAGCGCAGGCGGAAGGAGAAGGCAGAGCGGAGGAAGCUGUCCCAAGGCCGCUAG